CCUCCAGUAAACAGGAAAGAGUGAGACGUUUCUAACUGCAUGCGUUUGCAAAAAGGAACUGGAAUUAUUUCAACUAUUAUAAAAUGAAAUGCAGACAAUGCAACCGGGAAAAAUUAAGACAAGAAUUUCCCCCUGAAGACCUCACUGAGGACUGCAUGCAUCCACGAUUCUACUGUAUGAGGUGCGUGGUUUCAACAUGCAAGAAGACCGGUGUAUGUCCACAUCCCGGGUGUGACCAGCCGGUCCCCGCUGAUGGAGACGUCAUCAAACUACUGGAAUACACGCUGGCCGAGAUGUUUAAAGAGUACCCGUGUGAAUACUCGGCUCAGUUCGUGUCAGAGGAUUCCUGCACUAGGAUGAUCAGAAUCGCUGUUCUGAAUGGAGACAGCAUCACUCUUCCUUUCAACCCUGAGAUGACAGUCUUUCAACUGAAAGAACAAAUUAAAACCAAGCUUGGCCAUGAUAUAAAGAAACAGCAGUUGAUAUACAAGGAUGUUGAAUUGCAGAUGUAUGCAAAUAGCGGUGGUUUUUCAAAGCUUGCUGACCACAACAUAGCAGCCAACUCCACCAUCUAUCUUGCAGUGACACUGUUUGAUAUUCCAUCUAACUUGGACCACGUCAUCUUUGAUCUACACUGGGGAUAUCCAGAGCGUUACUACUAUGAAGGUUCGCAUGGUCCUAAGGAACAAACCUUGCAAACUAGAGCAGUUGGAGAUCGUGCAGCCUUUUAUAUUGUCAAUGUGCCAUAUGACUGGUGUGUACUUAGAAGAUACAGAGACUUUCUUGAUGCAUCUUGUCUUGUAUACAAAGGCAAACAGUUUCUUAAGGUUUACGAUUUCCAUCCAGAACAUCAGGCAGAAACCACAGUCUGCAAGGGAGUCGUCACCCAUACAGGAGACAAAAUGGACGACUUCAACAAGGUCGGACAUCACACCAUAGAGGUUUCUCUGCAGCAGCUACCACCGCAUGUCACUCAUUUAUUCUUCACAUUGAGUGGCUGGAAUUAUGAAAGCAUCAAGGCAUUUCCUGACCUAAGUUUGAAGUUCUAUGAUGCACGAGCACCUGAAGAUAACCUUUGUGAGACAAAGCUAGCAGGUAGCGUUCAAAAAAGAGCUGUGAUCAUGUGCUGUGUGUCUCGAUCAAGUAAAGGCUGGAAAAUACUGGAAUGUGGGAAGACUUCAGAGGGUUAUGCUGAUGACUAUGAGCCUAUCAAGAAAACCAUCAGGACACUUUUUGACCUUCCAGAUAUCUAAGGAUUAAGCGCAGCAUCUCUGUGUAUAUUUAAAAGCUUCAGCAUGGAUUAAAAACAAAAUGAAGUAAGACUAUUAAAAAAGACAUAUGCACCAGGCUAUUAUUACUGAAACUGAUCAUUACAUAUAAUUAAUUGCAAACUAUGAUUGUUAUGCACACUAAACUCUUAAUAAAUAAAUAACUUUUCUUAUUUAUUGAUGAGAGUUUUGAAAAAGUUACCUUAAAGUUGCAAUCUUUAUUAUUUAACCAUUUAGAAUAGAACGUACACAUGAAUUGUCUUACUGCUGCACAUCAUUCUUACAGUACAUGUGGGGUCGUUCAACAGUUGCAUAACGGUCUAUUGGUUCUAUUGAUCAUCAAAUGCAUUACAAAAAUAUUAUGGGGGAAGGGUGUUUGUCAAUAUUUUGAUAACAAUUUCAAACAGUUUGUAUAAUUUAUUCAUAAAUUAAAUGCAAGCAGUCAUGGCCAGUUUUUCUCUUACACUUCAUAGAUGUUGGUAACUAACUUACAGCUAGCAUUAUAUACUCAAAUGUAUAAUAUUAGAUGAUGAUUAGGGAAGCAGUUUUAGCCUUUCAAAUGUUAUAUAGAGGAUAAGGGUACACAAAUAUCUGUAUUUUAUGUUCAGUAAUAUAUGGACCUUAAAAUACAAGUGUCCUCUAUAGUCCUGUUUAUAUAUUCAUUAGAGCAUACUAUAGUAUUAAAAACAAUCCAAUUUGAAAUGUUAACUGAUUGAAGAGUUGUUAAAUACUGUCUCUUUAAUACACACACAAUCUAGUUUUUCUAAUCUGAUGUCACAGACCUUUAUUUUUUUACUUUAUUUUUUGGAGUUCUCUCAUAACACUGAACUGGUAUGCAGAAACUCUAUGCCUUUUAAUAUUAAGAUAAAGACCUUGGUUACUAUUUUCUUGUCUAAAAAUUACAAUUGUGUAAGCUCUAGCCCUGACACACACACACACACACACAGACAUACAGAGACACACACUUACAGAGACACACAGGGCUAGAGGAUGGUCAAGUUAAAUGGGUCCUAAUUUAAGUCACAUAAAAUGUAUCCUUUAAUGACAUAUUUGGUAAGGUACCAAGUAAGUACGUUUAAAACGCAUAUCACUCUUAUAUGCUCAUAAAUGUAACAUCAGACUAAGGUAAAAGCUUGGUAACAAACUGAAAGAAACCUUAUUGGUUGAAGGUGUCUUAAGCUACUGAGGGAAACCUCAAUGUUGUCGUUAAAUAGUCUAAAUGUGUAGUAUGAUGAAUGUAUAGUCGUUAUAAUUCUGAAUCAUGGCAUGAAUACUUUUGAAAUUCUAGUUGGUUAACAAUUGAUGGGUGAUGGUGAUGGCUAAUUUUAACAUGCUCAUAUACCACUAAGGUUUCGAGCAUGUCUAUCCCGGGUCCUGUCUCUGGAUAGCCAGGGACUUGACUCAGGACAGAAAAUUUACCGUGCAAUAUUGAAAUUUAUGGUCUAAAUAAAAUAUAGGGAAAAUUAAAAUUUGAAUGUGCAGUCCAAAAUAUCAAUAAAUCAUAAAUUAAUUUAAAUUUUACAAUUAUAUUUGUCAUCAGUCAUGCCAUAGUUAUUUAUGUCUUACCUUUCAAAUCACUGUAAUUAUUUUUUAGUUCAUGCAAGCUAGUAUUAACCAAACAAAAAGCCAACGUAGCAUAGCAGGUCAGUCAUAACGUGUGUUACAGUAUUUUUGGAGGUUCAUAUUUGCAUGAACCUAAAAAUAAUUGCAGACAAAUCUUAUUUUAAAAUAUGUUUGAAUGCAUUUUGUUUAGCCUUAUAUAUGUCUGUAUGUAUGUAAUAUUCUUUGUGUAAAUUUCAUUGAAACUUGUAUUGCAUUCAUUCACUAAUAUACAUGCAGCAGAUUUUUUUCACUGACAACAUUUGCACUAAUCUUUCCUUCAUGCAUACAUGUUUAUAGCUUCUGUUAUGUUACAAAGUUUAACUGUUCUAUUUUGUUUUUAAUUUACAUUUUGUGGUAUUGUAGACACCUAAAGCAAAUGUGUUGACAGCUUUUUUACAAUUCGUUAACUUUUAUUUUGUUAGUGAUUAGCCUACUUUUUCAGUCAAUACAUACAUGUAAUUCUUUUCUACUAUAAAUUAAAAAACCACCCAAAAAACAACUAUUAAAAGUACUAUUAGUAAGUAGUAUUUAUAUCAUAAUUGUAGUGUUUUAUAUAUUGUAAGCUCAUGAUGGUGUGGCUUCUGAUGACCAUCAGUGUUUCACAUUUUGGACUUUUUCUGCAGUUCCACCAGGCAGGUUUUAACCAAGCAUGGUCCAAAUGAUCCGCUCAUGGCCUUCACCAAGUGUUGUUAAUCUUCAGGCCAAUUCAAACUCCAAGAUGGCUACCCUGAUUGAUUGAGACAUUUUUGACUUCUGCAGUUCCAGCAGACCGAAUUCAACCAAAUGUGUUCUAAAUAAUCCUCUUAUGGUCCUGACCAAGUGUUAUUUUUCGGGCCGAUUCAAAAUCCAGGAUGGCCACCCUGACCUCUGCUUGGAGACAUUUUUGACUAGUUCCAUGCAGCAGGCAGAUUUAAACCAUAAUAUAUGUGUUCCAAAUGAGAAAUUUUUGACACAGUUUUCAGAUGUUCUUGUAUGGAACCCCAUGCAAGCACCAUUUAACGAUGUGACAGUCACACAUUUCAUUUUGUAUUGAAAAUCUCCUGUUACUUAUACUUACAAAUGAUGCCUCAAUUAAAUCCAGUGUCUGAUUUCAUUUUGUAAGUCACAAGUUUUCUUUUAUUUAAGCACAUUUUCCAAAUUGCUAAUUUGUUUUGGCUAAAUAUAUAUACUUGUAUAUAUUAUAUAUUUAUAUAUUAUGCAGGAAAUCUAGCCUAUAACAUGAUUGUAAGGUAGUGAUAUCAGGGCCCCAACCCUGACACUACCAUACAUGUAUUUCUUUCUGGGAUUAAUUAAUAAAUAAAAUAAUAAUGAAA